UACGUUUUAAAAGUACAAUUGAAAUAAAUUGUUUGCCUCUCCCAUAGGUUGGCGGGGUUGACGGUAUUGCAAACAUCAGCAAGUACUAUUUGUAAAUUGUAUUUUUUUAAUUUAAGGUUUAACUGAGAACGCCUCAAUAAACUGUCUUUUCUCACUCAGUUGGAAAUCUUCAUGAAAAUGAAUCAAUGUAUUGGUAAAGUAUUACUGAUUGAUUUUCAUGAAGAUUUUUCCAACGGUGUGAAAAAACUGCUUUUUCGUUUUCCAAGAUGUCUGCUUUUCCAAGCUGUCUCAGUUAAACCUUAACCUCAGUCGCGCCCAAAUUUGUAACACGGGCACUCGUGCGUUAUACUUUGUACAAUACUUAUAGUUCUAUCGUUUCUCUCCAGAAUACCUCGUAAACCUGAUCUUUUGAAACAUUGCUCUCUUCUAAUAAAUUGGGCACUAGCUUAUGACCGAUUGGAUUAGUGAAUGAAUGUGUCGGAACUCUACGGUUAGGCAGCGUUAGUGAGCAUUAACUGUUCUACCUAUUGUAUCUCCAGUUUCUGAUGUUUUAACCGAGUUGUGUCUACGGCAAAUUUGUUUAGGGGAUCAAAAUUGACUAUGCAGUAUGCCGAAUAGUUCUGGAUUCUGUCGAUAGGCGACGGUAGUGCGCAUAUAAUUUUGUGACCUACUGUAUCUUAAGCUCAUGAUUUCUUAUCAGGACGGUGCCUUCGGCAAAGUUGCUCAGUAAAUCAAAACCAACGAGGUAGUAUGUGCAAUUUUGGAUUCAGACACUAGACGGCGCUAGUGAACAUGUAAUUUUUUCAAUCGGAUAUAUCUCAUGUUUUUUUUAAUAUCGGUAUAGUCGGCAAAGUAGCUCGUGAAAUCAAAGCUUACACCCAAAACGAAUCGUACCGCAUAGGUACAAGCUGUUGGCUACACAGUGUAGAAUAACACAUAACAACGUCUCCAUGCUGUCCCACUUGUGAUGCUGCAAAUGAUGAGAGGUUUACAUAACUCAUUCGAACGACUGCUCAUCAUGUGUUGUUAUGGCCUAGGGUGUAAAUAGGUGUUUGUCGGUUCCAGUCUUGAUGCUACCCGAUAAUGUUUGGCAUUGGAAAUGUCUUCCUCCACUAUCUGGGGCUUUUGGGUGUCAUUCUAGAAUCUAAACUAUCUCCUACGUAACGAAACAACUAUGUACGUGUCAGUGCUUUCCGCAUAAUCGGUCAUCAGGAGCGUCAGAACCUGUUAAGCACGGACUGCGAUGAAUGUCAGCGAUCUCAACGGCUUUGUUUUGCGGUCCACAAGAAGAAAUCACUGCUAAACUUGCACCGUUGAUAGUCAAAUCUAUUCCGCUCUCCUCGCUGAGGCAAGAGUUUUUUGCAGUCGGUAUUAAAGCGAAAUUCAAGUUAAGUGGUAUUGGCGUCAAAAUCGUGUUACGUACCAAAGACGAGUAUAAUGGAGCUCGAAAUUACCUCAAUCGGAUCGGAGUGGAAUAUUUCUCGCAUGAUGUGACUUCGGAAAAUCCGUUCGAGGCAGUCGUAUGUGGGCUGUCAAUCAUGGAUCGUCGCAUCGUCGUCAGCGAACGUCGUGAAACCCCCACCACAGGUUGCAGGCAUUCUGACAAUAUAAAAUAUAGUUACCGAGCAUCUACACUACAGAACCACAAUCAUCACCUUCAGGAUAUGAUCCAGUAGACAUACCAUCGGUUACAUCAAUCUUCUCAGCAUCUACUCAGGAAAGCGAUGUGCAGGAUUAAUUCAGGAUACAUAACAUUGAAACAUUCAAUAAAGGAGUCCUGGGAAUCAACGUUUCACCAAUAGCAAUAAACAAGCUUCAACAAGUCAAUUAUUCCAAUAGUAAAUAUUCGAAUAUUUCACAUGGAAUACGUAAACAUUUAUUCGGAUUUAAUGUAGAAAAUGAUGAGCUGGAGUUAUUAAAAACGAAAGCUGCUGACCUUGAUGAUAUAAUUUUUCAACUGAAAGAGAGAUUUGCAGAUUCAGGAUGUUCAAGAAACGAUCAAGUGAGGUUAUUGUCUAUUUUACCAAAAUCUUGGUCAAAUCAAAAGAUAAUGGAUGAAUUUCAUGCAAACAAACACAUUGUAUCACAAGCUAGGUUGUUAGCAGAAGGAAAACAUCACAACAACAAGAACAACAACAACGAAAAGUUGGUUCAUACUUUGGAUUCACAAACAAAAAACACGGUGUUGGAGUUCUAUGAUAGCGACCAGAUUAGCAGAGCCAUGCCUGGGCUAAACGACUAUGUUUCUGUGAAAAAGGAUGGUAAGCGUCAACAUGUACAAAAACGUCUGUUAAUUUGUUCAUUGAAAGAGGCUUUUAAUAGGUUUAAGGAAAUUAGUAAAUUUACUAUUGGAUUUAGUUCAUUUGCAUCAUUGAGACCGAAGAAUUGCGAGCUAUUAGGAAGUUCAGGUUCUCAUAACAUUUGUGUUUGUACGAUUCACGAGAAUAUUAUUUUAAUGCUCCAUAGUCUACAAAAAUAUUCUUUCGAAAAAGAUUACAAGUUGUAUUUCGAAAAAAUGUUGUGUAGUGCAUCGUCAAGAUCAAAAGAUUGUUAUCUUCGUGAAUGUGACCGCUGUCCAAAUCUUUCAAUGUUUGAACAAAAUUUUUGGGAAGAAUUGGAGGAACGUUGUGUUGGAGAAAUAACUUUCGAACAAUGGGUUGCUACCGAUAGAUGUAAUCUAGAAACACUCGUCAAACCAGUUGAUGAGUUUGUAACAUAUUUUGGUGAGAAGUUGGAAAAAUUGAUAACUCAUGAUUAUAUAAAAAAUCAACAGUCUAUUUUUUAAAUGAAUCAAAAUCGUCUUUAAAAAUAGGCGAAUAUUUAGUAAUUUGUGAUUUUUCUGAGAAUUAUUCAUUUGUUUUGCAGGAUGCUUCUCAGAGUAGUUACUGGAACAAUGAUCAAGCUACAAUUCAUCCGUUUGUUAUUUAUUAUAUGGACUCUGGAAUAAUAAAAAAUUUAAGUUUUGUAAUAAUAUCCGAAGUUCUAAAACAUGAUACAAUCGCGGUGCAGGUAUUCAUUUCAAAGUUACUAACUUUUCUAAAACCAAAAAUGCAAUUAAAGAAGGCUAUAUUUAUGUCUGAUGGAGCUGCUUCUCAAUACAAAAAUAGAAAAAAAAAUUGCUAGUCUUUGUAAAUAUAAAACUAAUUAUAACAUUGAUGCUGAGUGGCACUUUUUUGCAACUUCUCAUGGAAAAGGAUCCUGUGACGCAAUUGGCGGGACAUUGAAACGAAUGGCGAGCUUAGCAAUAGCACACGAACAUCCAAUCACAAGUGCAGAAGAGUUAUAUAAAUGGGCUAACCAGCAAAGUAAUGAACAUUUAAAAAAAAAAUCGUUUUGUUAUGUAUCACAAGAAGAAUACGAACAAGGAGCAGCUGAAUGGAGUAACCUGUAUCAGAAGGCAAAAAUGAUUCCAGGUACACAGAAAUAUCACUCUUUUGUUCCUAUUUCAGAAAAUAAAAUUGCCGCGAAACUGUUUUCGAAUGACGAAACACCAAGUAUUUUUAGCAUAUAUAAACGAACAAAGUGUUAAGGUGUAUAUAGAAGAUAGGAAUUGUAUAUAAUAGGAAGAAAUAAAUUUUAGUAUAAAAAAUGACCGAUAGUGAUUUUAUAAAUCGGACCUAUAACUUGCAACAUUAUCCUCUUAUCAUCUUGGUGUUGUAGUUGUAGAACUUAUCAUGACUAUUAUGAAAAUCGUACGAUUGUUGAUGGAGAAACGCGAAUAACUUAUGAAAAGGGCGUAAUUUAACGAAUUAUAACUUUUUGUCUAAACAAAAUUUAAAAUAUCUUGAAAACGACUACAUUUUCGAAGAUUUUUGUAAAGAGCAUUUUGAUUC